AUGGGUCCGGGCUGGAUCUUAAUCCGCUCGGAAUACUGGGUGUUCGCGCAUCAGCCCAACUUACAGUCCCAACAGCAAGGGAGCACAUCCGUUUAUGGGACACAGUUAUCAGUCGCUAUACUGCAAUGGGGCAAACCUGAUACGACCAUCUGUCAACUUGACAUGGGUGAGACUGCUGAGCAUUCCAACAAAACACCAAACCUGAAGUCCCAUAUAAUCACGAAUAGGGCAGCUGAGAAGUUCACCUUUAAUAUAAGACCAAAGCAUUCCUUCCUAGAUCGCAAGUGUCCGCCGAGCGCCACGUUCGUUCGCCUGCCCCCAGGGCUCCAUAUUAUGAUCUGGAAGCUCGCCGCCGGGCAGCAGCUGAAAUACACAUUCUUCGCUGGGUGGACGCCCUUCGGCGGCUCGAACGAGGCCGUUGGCGAGGACUAUUACUCCCCCAUGUGGCCGUGGUUCGAUGCGGCCCGGGCCAGUCUGUACGUCAAAUGCGAGACCACGGACUUCUUUGGCCCCGCCCAGCCUGGUUUUGUCGAAGGGCCCCUCCGGGGCGUGGGGUUUGUGGUCCAGACUGUCGACGCUGGCGAAGCAUUUCUCCAUCAGAGGAUCGUUCUUGUAGAUAUCGACGACCAUGACCAGAUGGAGACUAUAUGGGUUGAACGGGACAGCGAGGAACAUAUCGAGGCAGCCAAGAAACUGGGGGCUUGGCGGCUUGGUGGAGUUUUGCGCGAUAGAGAUAUUUUAUACAUUUUCGACUUGGACGCCUUCAAGGACGCCUUUCAUCUCAAGCGCGAGGCUCAUGCGCCAGAUGCCGACAAUGGUGAGGAGGGAUCUUUCGGUGGGGAUGACGAGUUGAGGACAACCGACAACGCAGGGGCUCAGAAAUGA